CGAGAUAUCACGAGAAAGGUGGCUCACAUUAGCAAUUUUGAUUUGUAUAGCCCUUCUGUUCCAGCUGCAAAUUGGAGGGACUCCAUUUUCUUUUCAAUGGCUCCUAAUCCUCCCAGUCCAGAAGAAUUUCCAAGACCAUGCAGGGAAAUACUAUGGACUACUCUAAGCAUAUGAUGGAAUUGGGCAAAUCCUUGUUUGAAUUAUUGUCUGAGGGUUUAGGCCUCACUCCAUCUCAUCUCAAUGAUAGUGAUUGCACGGAGGGGCUCAGUGUUUUGGGCCAUUAUUAUCCAGCAUGCCCUCAGCCAGAACUCGCCAUUGGCACCAGUAAACAUUCUGACAAUGAUUUUAUCACAGUGCUUCUACAAGAUCAUAUCGGCGGACUACAAGUGCUUCACCAGAAUCAGUGGGUGGAUGUUCCUCCUACACCUGGUGCUCUUGUGCUCAUAUCAAAUGACAAGUAUUUAAGUGUUGAGCACCGAGUAUUGGCAAAUAAAGUUGGACCAAGAAUAUCAGUUGCAUGCUUCUUCCUUACAGGUCCAUUGCCAUCUUCUAAGCUUUAUGGACCAAUUACUGUAUUGUUGUCAGAAGAUAAUCCUCCAAAAUAUCGCGCAACCACAGUGGAAGACUACACUCAUUACUUCCGUAAAAAGGGCCUGGAUGGAGCUUCUGCAUUGUUGCAUUUCAAGAUAUAAUCACAGCAAUGGAACAAUGAAAGUAUGAUGAGUAAUAAGAAUUUAACUUUUGAUGUAUCUUAUGCUGAAGGUUUAUAUAUGUUGAAACAUCAACUGUUAUGAUCUUUGCAAGAUCGUCCUCGUGAAUGAUCAGGCUGGCAAAGUUUUUCUAUUUGUUAUAUUGUCUAUUCUGGUCCGAAAUAAAUGAUUGUCAAUUAAAUACAUGUAGCAUUGGAUAAAA